AUGCAGCCCAGGCUUUGGCUGGUGACCAGCACCCUGGCAGCAGUGCUGGGCACGACUCUGCUGCAGGAGUUCUGUCGGGCACCGGAUGGCAAAGACGGCCUCCCAGGAGUCCCUGGCCUCGACGGGAGGCCAGGACAGAAGGGUGAUGUGGGAGAGCCAGGGAAAUCAGCACAGAGGACUGGCAUCCAGGGACUCAAAGGAGACGCGGGUGAGCCAGGGCUUCCUGGCAUCCCAGGGAAACGGGGCUACCAGGGUCCAGAAGGCCCCCCCGGGCCCCCAGGGAUGCCGGGGCCAAAAGGGAACAAGGGGAAUCCUGGCAAUAUCCUGGAGCAGGUGCAUCCUGCCUUCUCGGCCUCGCGAAGCUCCGCACAGACCAUAGGCAAGACAGUGGUGUUCGACAACAUCAUCACCAACCACGAGAACUCCUACAAUUCUAAGACUGGGGAGUUCACCUGCCGCGUCCCCGGGCUCUACUACUUUGCCUACCAGGUGGUCUCCACCGGCGACCUCUGCCUGAGCAUCACCAAGAACAGCGAGCGCGUGGUCAGCUUCUGCGAUUACAACAGCCGCAACCUCUUGCAGGUGAACUCAGGCAGCACCGUGCUCAGCCUGUCCAUGGGUGACCGGGUCUUUGUGAGCACUGACUCUGCCAACGGCAGAACGAUUUACAGCGGCUCCGAAGUCUUCAGUGGCUUCAUGCUCUUCCCUCAGAUGGGCUGA